AUGGGGUUAAGAAAUUUAUGGGCAUUAAUAUAUGUAGUAGUGAUGAUGAUGAUAAUAAUUGAGGUAGAAUCAAGUCUUCGCAGAGUAGGUGGCGGACAAUACACUUGGAACCCUCUUUCAACUUCUCCGACUGGACCAGCAACGAGAAAUUCAUCUCCGGCGAUUGGCUCUGUCAGUAAUUUUGGGUUCGAUGAAACCCGUCACAAUAUCCUCCAAGUAAACAAGAAUAGCUACGAGCAAUGCAUCGACACCGAUUUCAUAUUCAACGUGACACAUGUAGGACGAGAUUUUAUGGAGUUUCGAACAAUUUCAUUGUUUAUCUUAUCCAUUGUGAUGAUUAUAUCAUCAAAUGGUAACGGCAAUGCUACUGUGAAGAUUGGCCUGAAGAGAACGACGCAAAAAGAUACACCUCAUAACUUAAACAAUCUUACCGCUGUAGAAGAUCAUGUUGUACUUAAGAGCACCGACAAUGUGAUCUACUAUGGUGAUGUUGCCAUAGGUACACCAAGCCAGCCAUUCAUUACAGUUUUUGAUACUGGAAGCUCAGAUCUGUGGGAGAAAUAUGGUGAAGACAGUAUGAUUGAAGGCUUCCUUAGCACAGAUGACGUAACAAUUGGUCAAAUGGUCGUCAGAAAACAAGAAUUUAUAGAGGCUACUAAAGAGGAUGACUUAAAACGAAAAUUCAUGAAUUCACCUUUUGAUGGUAUUAUUGGGUUGGGGUUCCAAGAAAACUCCGUGAAACUUUCGGUCCCCAUUUGGUAA